AUGAAGAUCUUCAAUGUGAAAGGAGAGAUGUUUGACGCCGGUCGAGACUAUUCGACUCAAGGUAUCGAGUUUAACAGCACGCCAGCUUUCGAGCUUGCCGACGCCAAACCGACUAGAGAGGUUUUAGAGCGGCCCGACUAUGAGCUUCAGGCCUCGCGGGACAAGGCUCCAAACAGGCAUCUCGAGUCGAUGAGAUGGUAUUCGCAAACCGCCUAUCGCUUUGGAGACUACAUUAUGAAAUAUCGGCUCCCAGGAGACGCCGACGAUAUCUUACACCGAUGGUUGCAAUACUUCCAUUAUAAUUACGAUGCCGAGUUCUUGUUCCAAGCGCAGCUCGUUGAAAACUUGGGUGAACAGCCUGUCGAGUAUGCCGGCCUCGCAUGGGAUGAGAAGAAAUACCCCUGGCAACCAGUUGCUGAACUCAUCAUUCCUAAACAGGAAAAGGAUCACACGAGGCUUGAUCCGCGGCAUGGCCUCCUAACACUUCAGCCCUUGGGUAGCUCAAAUCGCUUAAGAAGAGUUUUAUAUCCAGCUAGCAGCGCCUUGAGACGAAAAAUGAAUGCAAGGCAGGAGAUCAGCGUUAGAAGUAUCGACGAGAUUCCAGGUUGA